AAGUGAUCAACUCAUUUCUUUGUUCAACAGCAAAUCUAUGAAAUCUGCUCUUUUAGCAGUUAGAAAUUAUGUUUAUGCUGAUUUUUUGGACUGGAUGCUACAGUCUGCUGUCAGUCACGAGACAAGUUACAGGUGAAACUGAGAUAUUUUGCUCCUCUGAGCCGGUAGUAUCAUUCUGCGGCUCCAGCAUCGUUCUACAGUGUCACCUCGAGCCCCAGCAGGAUGCAACAGACAACACAGUGAAAUGGACUCAGCAGAGUGAUGUUGUACACGUUCGUAAAGGUGGAAAAGACAUUCCUGGAGAACAAAUGGAGAGGUUUGAAGGACGCACGUCUCUGAUCUCUGAAGGUCUCCAUAAAGGAAAUCUGUCACUCCAACUUUCCUCUUUAAAACUCUCCGACUCUGGAAGAUACAAGUGCUCCUUUCAGGUCGGCUCAGUGGAGAAGAGUUGUUACGUUGCUCUCAGUGUCAGAACCAAUGAUCUGGAUUUGACUAAACCUUUACCUCAUCUGAUCGGACGGGUCAUUGGUGUUAUCAUCGGUGCUGUUUUUGUUCUCAUUGCUGGUUUAGUUUAUUGUAAACGGAGACGAAACAGGCAUGAAGCUGUUCUACAGAGAUUAUGAUUUAGAAGUGGGACAAGACAGACAGGAGGACGACGAUCAAAGUGAAACCAGACGACACUGAAUAAACAUCUGGAUUUUUUUUUCUGUUACUCAUCCACCUAAUGCAAAAGAAGUUUUUUCUCUUUUAGGGGGUAGAUUUGAGCUCAGAUAAAAACAGAGAGAAAGAAA